AUGUUGGAGAAGGGGGGCUUUCUGCGAUUAUUUGAAGGUGCGUUUCCUGCCAGCAGCAAGUCGCAAAAGCUGCAGAAGCCAUCGAAGUCAAGGAUGCUUCAUCUUGUGCCUUAUAUCUUCCUCGCCUGGGUCGCCUAUGUGGUCAGCCUGGUGAUCUAUCGGCUAUGGCUGUCGCCGCUGGCCAAAUUUCCCGGCCCAAAGCUGGCAGCCGCGACGCUAUGGUAUGAGACUUACUAUGAUGCGUUCAAAUGGGGAAAAUAUACGUUUGAGAUCGCGAAAAUGCAUGAGAAAUACGGACCCAUUGUCCGCAUCAGCCCACACGAACUGCACAUCAACGACCCCGAUUACUACGAAGUCCUCUACUCGCGCGAUAGCCCACGGAAUAAAUAUGAAUAUUUUACCAAACAGUUCCCUGUUGCCGGCAGCUCGAUCGCGACGGUGGACCAUUACCACCACCGGGUCAUCCGGUCGAACAUGAACCCAUACUUUUCGAUUACUCGCGCGCGCAAACAAGAGCCGCUCGUCCAAGCGCUGGUGAACAAACUGAUCGAGCGCCUCCAGGCAUACAAGGGCACACAAACUCCGAUCAACCUACAGCAUGCCUUUACCUGUUUCGCGACAGAUGUAGUUUCUGACUACUCCAUGGGAGUGGGAUUCCAUUACCUCGACGAACCGGACUUCAUCCCUGACUGGAGCGAUACGCUGGCCUGGAGCGUGAAAAACGGCGUGUAUCUCAAGGCCUUUCCGUGGUCGGGCGCUCUCCUCAACUCGCUGCCGCCGUGGUUACUCUCUCGCAUCUAUCCAGGCAUGGGUUUGGUUUUCCAGUUUCAGGACCGCUGCAACCGGAUCGUGCAGAGAAUCAUGGAAGAGCAGAAGGAGCGGGGCUAUGAGGAGGUCAAGAAUCAGUUCGAUCAUCCAACAUUCUUCCAUGACGUCCUUACCAGCAACCUUCCGAAAGAGCUGAAGACUCCCGACCGGCUGGCACGCGAGGUUCAAGCUGUGAUUGGAGCCGGAUCGGAAACGACGGGGAAGAUGUUGACGUGGACGAUGUACUAUCUUCUGGAGAAUCCGGACAAAAUGAACGCACUCAAAGAGGAGUUGAACAGAUUGGAUCCGGACCAGACGGCGACUCUCGUGGACUUUGAGAAGAUGCCGUACUUGACUUCUGUUAUGCUCGAGGGACUUCGACUGUCCUAUGGUUCGAGCUCAAGAUUGCAACGUAUCGCUCCUGACCGCGACCUCAAGUUCAAGGAGUGGUCGAUCCCAGCAGGAACCCCGGUGGGCAUGACCAGCGUUUUGAUCCACCACAACGAGGAGAUCUUCCCCGACUCCCACGAAUUCAUACCUGAGCGAUGGUUGGAUCCAGAGAAGCGCAAGUACCUCGAGAAGUACAUGGUAUCCUUCACCAAGGGCUCGCGACAGUGUGUUGGCAUGAACUUGGCCAAAUCUGAGAUCCUCCUUUGCCUCCCUCACGUUGUUCGCAAGGUGAACAUGGAGCUGUACGAGACUACGCGCGAUGACGUGACCCUUGCCCACGAUCUGUUCCUUGGAUUCGCCGAGGAGGGAAGCAAGGGUGUUCGCGUUUUGAUCCGGUAG